GAGAUGUUAGUGCUCGAGCCAUCAGCUGGCGGUGACACGGACACACAGCUCACCACUCCUCGCCCUCAUCCCUCCCUUCAAACCCUCUCACUGCCAUCUCCCGACAUCAGCCGAAUGAGGGGACUGGGAAAGAAAAGCCAAGUGAGUGAAAGAAAGAAAUAAACAGGGAAGGAGAGAAGAGUGCUCCAUGGUCACUCGCCCAUUGGAAGCCCGAGAGCACCUUUUGGAUUCGACUUUUUCUUGGAGGGGACUUGAGAGAAGAAACAAGCGUUUGUUGGCGUGCCAAAGGCGAACAGCCAUGCACCUGAAUCGGGAGGACGAGGACGGAAAAGGUUCUUUGUCUCUGAGUGUGUUCCUGGUAUCGGUGGGUUUAACGGUGUGUGUCGUGUGGCUGGUGGCGCUAUGCGGGGUCUGUGGAUGGUGUCAACGCAAAUUGGGGAUGAGGAAUAAGCCAGGGGUGGAGACCGCGGGGACCCCAGACUCGGUGUCUGUGUCAGGGAGAGGCCGAGGAGAAAAUAAAGCCAUCAACAGUGAUCUCGACAGGGACUUUUGGAAUAACAAUGACAGCAGCACUGUGCAGCAGCGCUGGAGCUCCUACCCACCCAAGGAGUUCCUCCUCAACAUGUCCCCUUACGCCCCCUACGGAGACCCUCGCCUCACGCCCAAAGAGGGGAAGAUGGUCGUACUGUCCCUCGCGAUCGGAUUGGUCGAACAAGAUGACUUCGCCAACCUUCCAGAUCUACAGGAGGCACCAGCUGACAAGGAAACACCUCCCGCCGACAAAAGAUCUAAUAAACCCGGCAGCAGCCCUAAAGGUCAGACCCCAGACGAGAGCAGCCGCCGAACAGACGCUAACUCCUCCGUCUCAGACCUGGCCAACUCCGUCACCAGUGAUAUGCUGAUGUUGUCCCCAGGCUCUGAGGAAGAGGAACAUGAAGGACCCGUGUGCGAGAAGCUGGGACGCAUCCAGUUCAGCGUGGGAUACAGUUUUCAGGACUCCACACUGACAGUGAAAAUCCUGAAGGGUCAGGAUCUACCUGCGAAAGAUUUCUCCGGCACUUCAGAUCCAUUCGUCAAACUCUACCUUCUGCCAGACAAGAAGCACAAACUUGAGACCAAGGUCAAAAGAAAGAACCUCAACCCUCACUGGAACGAGACAUUCCUGUUUGAAGGGUUCCCGUUUGAGAAGGUGGUGCAGCGCACACUGUACCUGCAAGUGCUAGAUUAUGACCGUUUUAGCAGGAAUGACCCUAUAGGAGAGGUGUCCAUCCCCCUGAACAAGAUCGAUCUGGCCCACAUGCAGACUUUCUGGAAGGAGCUGAAACCUUGCAGUGACGGCAGUGGGAGUCGAGGAGACCUGCUCGUGACUCUGUGUUACAAUCCCACUGCCAACACCAUCACUGUGAGCAUCAUCAAGGCACGCAAUCUCAAAGCCAUGGACAUCGGGGGAACGUCCGACCCAUACGUCAAAGUGUGGCUGAUGAACAAAGAUAAACGAGUGGAGAAGAAGAAGACGGUGGUGAUGAAGAGGUGUUUGAACCCUGUCUUUAAUGAGUCCUUCCCCUUUGAUGUCCCUACUCACGUCCUCAGAGAGACCACCAUCAUCAUCACAGUCAUGGAUAAGGACAGACUGAGCCGCAAUGAUGUCAUAGGCAAGAUCUAUCUCUCAUGGAAGAGUGGCCCAGCAGAGGUGAAGCACUGGAAAGACAUGAUGAGUCACCCUCGCACUGCCGUUGCCCAAUGGCACGCUCUCAAAGCUUGAAGGACCCGCCCACCAAAAUUUGUUUAUGGAGACCCUUCCUUUAUUCACAGCUUUUAUUUUUUCCCACCAAAAAGAGGCUUAGCACUGCCAGGAAGACUGGGAGAGAAAGUCUUGCGUAACCGAGAGAGGUAAACAGACUCGUCUUCCUUGAGAAAAAAGUUUGACAACUCAACUGUUCUCUGAACAGCUGGACCGCGCAACAGGGUGACUUCUAUCAUCGCUGAACUUGAAACGGCUGAAAACAAUCUCCCGAACAGACCCUUCUAUUGCCAUGUUUGUGUCUCGCCUCUCUUGUGGCGUCCCUCUGACCCCACGGAAAGAUCCGGAAGGAUCGCAACCACAGUGCAAUACCUUUUGAAGGAGGGAUGAACUUGUAUGUUGGACUUUGUCACCUCUUGAUGUUUUCUCGGAAUUCGCUGGAACUCUUCGUUGUCUGUAUGUACUGUGGGUGCUGUUAUGUGACAGAAAAAAAGAGGUCUUGUUUAUAAAAAAAACACACAGAAAAACAUAGAAAUUCAAACUCAAUUUAAUUGACUGGAUCAGUUCAAGUGCGUAGGGGAAAUACGUUUGAACAAUUUUAGUACAUUCCAACAAGUGUAGAAAACAAAAUAGGGACAAAAAAACGAGAAUCGUUAGUGGGUCUACGCAAGUACAUGAAUGCAAACAUUUCUAGUCAUGUUAGCUUGAUUUAAAUGCGUUGUUGGUUAAAUGCUUCAGGCCUUGUUUCCACCUGGUAUUAAUAUGCAUUUUCAGUGAUCCAAUCACAAGUGGUCAGUCGAGAUGCAUUACAGUUUACUCCUGCAUUUAAAUGCAUUUCCCAUGAUAACUUGUGUUCAGAUUUUGUCAAGACCCUUCCUUUUUAUUUCGUCACACGCUACAUUACUUUCGCAGAAGCGCCGAGAAUGGCACACAAAUACGAUUGAAUGAAAGAAGCCGUUACACUACUUACAAGCGAGCGGGAAAGGAAGCGAAUGGAAAGGAUAUGAAUGGUAACAGAUUUUGAUCGUAAUCAGUGUGUUUUAGCACAAUAUAACGUUUGAAGUUUGAAUUGAUUUCAUUCGACCACAUGAGUGUCUACGCCAGCGUUAUUAUAGUUAACAAACUA